AAAAACACAACCGAUUACACCAUCUCUCAAUCUCUCUGCACGCAUCCAACCAUGGCUCUUUCUCUCUCUACCUCUUACUCCAUUUUCAAACCCCCAUACCAUACCAUUGCCGCCCAACUUGUGCUCCUCCCUCUCUCUACCCAUCCAAGCAUGACUCUUUCUCUCUCUACAAAUCCAACCAUGGAUUUUUCUUCCAAGGCAUCUUACCCUUCCAUUGCAGCCCGACAUGUUCUCCGCCUCGCGCAACCCGCGUGCCUGCAAGUAGCCGCUUGCGCCGCACCACGGCCCCCCUCCACCGCUGUGAAGAAGAAGAGAGAGCCGCGGGGCAUCACCAAGCCGAGGCCUGUGUCCCCCGCCAUGAGAGACUUGUUGGGGGUUUCAGAGAUUCCUCGAACUCAGGCCCUGAAGCUUAUUUGGGCCUAUAUCAAAGAGCACAACCUUCAGGAUCCAGAGAACAAGAAGAUUAUUGUGUGUGAUGAGAAGCUCAAGACCAUAUUUGGAGGGAGAGAUCGUGUCGGGUUUCUCGAGAUUUCAGGCCUGAUAAACCCUCAUUUUCUAAAGGAAGUAGAGUGAAAGAACAAAAAAAAUGGAACAGAAAGCUUGACGUUAGAAGAGAUAAAACAGAGAGGCAAAAAUUUUGGGCUGUGUAAAUGAUGUUUAUUUUGGGAAAUCCUUAUAUUUGGAGAACAUGGAAAGAAUGUUUUGUGUUAUUUGUUUUGGUAGUUGCAGUUGUUUGUUUUGCCUUU